GGCCUGCAGGGAAUCUUGAGAAGGAGAAAUCUGUUGGCUUGCCAACUGACACUCAUUCCUGGCUGGGUAUCUGGCUUAGAGAAAGUGCUGGGAAACCCAGAAAACCUGAGUGAUGGUUUGGAGGAAGAGUUGGGAGAGUUGGGAAUCGCUGGUGAAGACAAGAGAAAGGAAGAAAAUAAAGAGCUGGUUUUUGGUUCCCCCCCCCACCCCCCAUGGCUGCAGAGUGAUGAACCCCAAAACCCAACUUGGUUUUUAGGCCUACCAGGCUGAGAAACCUGAGUGGGCCCAGAAGUAACAGUUGGAGGAGUGAGCUGAAAUUUUCAAGAAACUUUAAGACUUAUAUAGAAGGAUAGUAACAAAUUAGCAUAGAUUUAUAUAUUUAGUAUAGAUUUGGGGGUAAAGGAUAGAUUUAAGGAGUUCAGAAAAGACCUGGGACUCAGGGCAGAAGUCACCUUGUGAGUGGGAUGAGGUAGACCCCCUUAGAGUUGGGCAUCCUAUCCUUAAACCUUUUCAAUCUUAUUAAAUGGUGGUUUUGUUUUUAUUUCAGUCUCCAUAGAGCGUUACUGUUGGCCAAACCUGUUACCUUCACUGCAGCUGGCAGUCCACUGAUUUAACAGCAACAAGAACCAAACCAGACAGAAAGUACAGCAUAUCACUAACUUACCUAACAACACACUCCCAGCACUAUCUAUGAGCAAUUAAGAUACAAUCAAUAAAUAUUCUAAGAAGUGCUAUGAGCUAACUCCACAAGGCUGGCAAAAGGAUCCAUGGCAAAAGGAUCACAAUGAGGGCUGCAGAGACUAGAGAGACAUAUGCUUAAAAGCAUGGCCCACUCUCCCCCGGAAACGCUGAGCGAUGUGAUCCUAGUGGAGUCAGAGACAGAUGUGGUGGAGCAUCUGGAGGAGGAUGGGCAACAGUGUGAAAUAGUGGUGGUACUUGAAGAAGAAAGAAGCACUGAGGUGAUUUCCCUGGAUUCUAGUGAACGGUCAUUUGGCUCAUCACCAAGGCCCAGCAAAGAUCUUAUUGCAUAUGAAGUCAUGGUUAACCAGAGAAAUAUAGAAGACAUCUGCAUUUGUUGUGGAAGUCUCCAGAUUCAUACACAACAUCCCUUAUUUGAUGGAGGAAUGUGUUUUCCAUGUAAGGACAACUUCUUGGAGUCAUUCUUCUUAUACGAUGAAGAUGGGUAUCAGUCUUUUUGUACAAUCUGCUGCUCAGGGGAGAUACUGCUAACAUGUGAAAAUCCCAGUUGUAGCAGGUGCUACUGUUUUGAGUGUGUAGAUGCCCUUGUCAAUCCUGGAAGUUCAGCAAAAUUUCAAGCAAUGAGUAACUGGAUAUGCUUCUUGUGUCUACCUUUGAUCUCGGAAAAUGGGCUCCUGAAGAAGAGGAGGAAAUGGCGAGAACACCUAAAGGAUUUCUAUGAUCGAGAGACUCACAGACCUCUGGAAAUGUAUAAAACUGUACCUGCAUGGAAACGAAAACCAAUCCAAGUCCUGUCACUUUUUGGUGAUAUUGAGACAGAACUAGUGAAGUUUGGAUUUUUGGAUAACAGUUCUGAUAAUGGAAUGCUGAAAUAUUUGGAUGAUGUGACAGAUGUAGUAAGGAAAGAUGUAGAAGAAUGGGGACCAUUUGAUUUAAUAUAUGGUUCUACCCCUGCAUUUGGCCAAAUCUUCAAGCAUCCACCUGUAUGGUACUUCCUCCAGUAUUACCGAGUCUUACAAUAUGGGAAGCCUAACGUGGACAGCGAAAAGCCAUUUUUCUGGAUGUUUGUGGACAAUUUGGUCCUGACCGAAGAUGAUAGAGAAAUUGCUUCUCGAUUCCUUGAGACUGAUCCGGUGACUAUAUAUGAAAUGUGUGAUGAGAUGGUCCAAAAUGCAGUCCUUAUCUGGAGCAACAUACCACCCAUGCAAAGCAAUCAUUCAGCUUUGACUUCAGACUGGGAUGUGUCUCUGCUCACCCAGGACAUUCAGAAGUUGGAGGCUUUUUCUCAGAGGCCAGCUGGGCUGGUAAAUAAAUAUUUUCUCCCUCUGAGAGAAUAUUUUAAAUGCUUUCCCUAAGACCAUCCUUCUUAAUUUCAAGAGAAUCAUCCAGCAUGAGGAAAAAGAUUGUUUCUUCAAAUACAAAUGUCUCCCAGCAUUCUGCUUUUUUUUGCUUCUUUUCUCACAUAAUCUUUCUAUUUGCUUAGCUAUGGCUAUAUUUUGUCUAUUGCUCUAUGUUUGUUGCUUUGUUUUACUUAUGAAAAGGCUACCCCAAGUCCAAAGUGUUUGCCAACAUUACUUAAUAUUAAAAAGCCUGAAAGCGUCACUUUUCUAUUUUCUCUCUUUAAAAUUUUGUUCUAUAUGUUGAAAAUCUCCUGAAACUAUUCUGUAUGUCAUAACUUAAAUACCUUUUAUAUUACAUACCUAAUAUAUAAAUAUCUUAUCUACAUCUAAUAAAAUAUAUUUACUAAAAGA